AUGGAAAAGCCCGUUGGAAAUCCAACGAGAUCUAACGGACUUCGGUUGUUUUGUUCCCUAUCUUUUACCACGGCCGAGCUGUACUUUCGUGAUCAGUAUUAUUUUAAAGAUAAUGCCCUGUACUGGCCAGAAGACGAAAUUUUUGCCAUUCGUGGACUCAAUUACAUAUCUACUAAUUCGUCAGGGAUAGUCACUGUUGAAGCUGCUGCCUUGGCGAUCGUGGCAAGUGUCAUUUACCUCUUUCUAUUGAGGUACUGCCCCAAAACAAUCGUUUUUACAGUAAUCGCUGUGUUUUUUGCUCUAUUACUUGGCGCCAUUGCAUAUCUUUCAUAUCAGUUAACUUCCUUAACCAAUUACGAACAGCAAAGAAAUACCGUACAUAUUCUUGGUGGAUUAGUUAUUGCAUUCAUAUUAUCAUUAACAUUGUUCGUCGUAUACCGCAAAAAAGUUUUAAUUGCUUGUGGAAUUAUCAAAGAAGCAACUGAAUACCAUCUUGGAACCAUAUCUUUGGGAUCACUUUUUAUGACAAUAGCUCAGGGUAUCAAUGCGAUUAUCAGAACUACUUCAGAUAGCGCGAAAAGCAAUGGCAAUAUUUGCACUCGGUUCUUCAACUGUUUCAUGAGAGCAUGCAGAACUGUGAAGAAUAUCGUUAAAUAUAUUAACAGUAAUGCGUACAUAAUGUGUGCUCUCCAUGGCACUUCAUUUUAUCAGUCAGCAAAAGAUGCAUUCAAUCUGCUCCUGAGAAAUGCUACCCACGUUGUAAUGAUAACUCAUGUAACAAACAUCAUUAUCGUUCUGGGAAAUUUGCUGGUAUCUGGCAUUAUAAUUUCAAUUAUUUACUUCGUUAAUGGAAGUCACGGAACCCUACCCUACGUUUUAACAGGAGUAAUCGCAUGUGUUAUGUCGUACGCAAUAUUCGAGGUUCUGAAAAUCGCCGUCAAUACUAUUUUUAUUUGUGUUUUGGAAGAUUAUGAACGAAAUGAUGGUUCCACAGAACGUCCCUAUUUCAUGUCUCAUAAUUUAAGAAAACUGCUAAUGCAGGACCAAUAA